AUGUCCGCACCCACCUCGCCCAUCUCGCCGACCCAGUCCUUCACUCUCGACCGGGGACGCGUCGUGACCCUUGCCGAUGCGACGGGCGAGCCGACCGAUCGCCCCACAAUAGGCGGCGGGGGAGUGUACGCCGCCACGGGUGCGCGGCUCUUCUUACCACCCCAGAAUGUGGGAUACAUAGCCGACUGCGGUCCCGACCUGCCCGCCGAGUACCGGACGGAGCUCCUCGGUCUCGGCGAGGAGGCAGUCUGGCUCCGUCCCAGAGCUGAACCAACCACGCGCGCGUUGAACCUGUACUCGAGCGGUAUCAUCGGAGAGGGCCAGCAAACGUUCGAGUACCUCUCGCCGCCGAAGCGGCUCGUGCUCUCAGACUACUUCAGAGAGGACAGUCCGUUGGCGGACCCGCCUCCGCAUUGGGUGCACGUUGUAUGCGACGCCGAGCGCGCAAAGCAGGUACUCGAGGACGCGCGGGUGUGCUUCCGUGAAGGCUGGCGUGGCCGAUUAGCCUGGGAGCCGCUGAUUCGCGAGGGCGAGGAGGUGUCUACGUCGACCCCCAACCACCUCGAGCUGCAGACCAUCCUCGACACCGACGCUGAUGUCGAGACCUGCGCGCGUCUUUUCCAGGGCCGGAUGGUCAUGUAUGGCGGGCGCGUGCCGUCCAUCGUCGUCCGCGCUGGAGCACAGGGAAGCUUCACGCUCGCCGAGGACUGGGCCGGUUGGGUGCCCGCGUAUCACACGGCCUUGGGUAAGAUUCAGGACGUGACAGGCGCGGGCAACGCGUUCAUGGGUGGACUUCUUGCUGGUCUCUUCGCUACGCAAGACAGUCGGACGGCGUCGAUUUGGGGUGCCAUCGCAGCGUCUUUUGCCAUUGAGCAGCGCGGACCCGCCAUUGGCGUCGACGCCAUGUUUGUCAAUGCCCGUCUUAGAGAGCUCACGAGGAGAGUAGACGAGGCGGAGGGCGUGUACUGGGGAGAAGAGAGUGUGGGACGCAGCUCGAUGGAGAGCUCGUCGCUGGGUACCAUCUCUGAGGACGACAGGUAUCUUGACUGUGAGGAGGAGUGA